AUGUCGGGAGAUCAUCAGCARAAAUGCACUCAURUUAUAUUCGACGUAGAUGGGCUUUUGCUUGAUACAGAAUCUAUUUAUACAAAAAUCUUUUCCUCGUUCUUGAAAAAGUACGGAAAAGAGUUUACMAUGGAAUUCAAAGUGCAGUUGAUGGGCAAACCAGAACUUGAAUCCUUGAAAGCUGUUCUUGAGGAAUACCACCUUAGCAACGUGCUUACAGUGCAACAGGCACAGACUAUUCUGAAGGAAAGAAAAGAAGAACUUUUUCCAGAUGCACAGUUAAUGCCAGGGGCUGAAAAGCUGAUGCAACAUUUUUUCAAGAACAACAUUCCAAUGGCACUUGCUACAGGCUCAGCAACUUAUGAAUUCAAUUUGAAAAUGGCUAAUCACCAAGAUGUACUGAAGAUGAUGUCACAUGUYGUCAAGUCAGAUGAUCCAGCAGUCAAACAAGGCAAACCCCAUCCAGAUAUCUUUCUAGUUGCUGCAUCAAGAUUUAAAUCCCCUCCAGAUCCAUCAAAUGUACUURUCUUUGAAGACGCUCCUCAUGGCGUUACAGCAGCUAAAGCUGCUGGUAUGAAUGUCAUUAUGGUACCUGAGGUAUACGUGGAUAGAUCAAAAUGUACAGAAGCAAGCCAGAUAAUUUCAUCAUUAGAAAUGUUUGAGCCAAGUAUAUGGGGGCUACCAUCAUUUAGCUAAUAUUAUACAAUUAUUAUUCUGGUGUUACUGGUAGCGCACAAACAGAUCAUACCAACGUUACUCAGUGAGCAAAUGAUUCUUCCAUCUCCUUUUACAAAUCCUCUGCUUAUUCAUUAUGCUAUCAGACUAAUUAAAAAAUCUAAUUCUUAAACGAAUACUUAGAUGUUUUUAACUUCAGUCUCUUUGCCAAAUUGACUGCUGGCUAUUAGCCUGAUAAAACAUGACAUUUGAAAUACUGUAUUUCAGAUAGAAGCUGUGUAAAAUCCCAGUGAAAAACCAGAUAAUAUGUAAAAAUCUGCUUAUUUUAUAGAGUUAUGUAUGGGAUAUAAGCUAUACAGUUGUAUGAAAUAAAUACAUAUGUGCAGCAGUCAUUUUGGCUAAGGGUGUAGUGAUAGAUUAGAUUUUUACAUGAUUAUUGCAUAAAAAAACUAAUGUGAGUUUAUAUUAAUGCGCAUAAAAACGCUUCAAUUCAUAUUACAGAAGAAGAGACGACAUCCAAAUGACUCACAGURGYCCCCACAGACUGGUAUUUUCAUAUUCAAGGUUGUUUUUAAGGAAUCAUCAAAUGAAGACUGAGAGUUGAUUUUAUAUAACGUUAUACCCAUCGAUCUCACGACGUUUUUAUUGUUUGGACACUAAUUUGGUCAUAUAAUCUAUUAAAUGCUUAUAGUGAUAAUAAAAAGAUGAAUAAUCUAGCGCGCAAAGAGUUGUCCAGCRGUCCAAACAAAAGUAAAGUAUUCACAUUAAUUUUGUCGAGAGACCAUCAUGUAACGUGGAAUUUUCGACGAAACGGUGGCCAUUUUGUUUAAUGGCAUUAUUCCUUUAUUUUUUUUUCAAUUCACAAGAAAAAUGAUAAAAAAGGAAUAUUAAAAAAAGGAUAUUUGACAAAUCCCAAAACUGUGUAGAGAGCAUAUGCAUUAUUGGGUGUCAAAGUAGUGACGAGUAGAUAUUAGUUUAUAAAGAGAAUUCUUGUGUAUGAAAUUAAAAUUUCAUUCCCAUCGUUUUAA